AUGAUGAAUAGGGAUAGAGAAGAUAUUGAAAAAGUUUUAAAAUAUUUCGAAAAUGAAACAGAAUAUAUUAUUCAAUUACUACACCAUUCAGCAAAAUUAAAUAAUGAAGAAAUGUUUAUGUAUAUAUUCGAAAAGUAUAAACAUACAAUAACUGAUAAUAAAAUCUAUAUAUUAAUAAAUAGUAUAUUCAAAGAUAAUAAUUUAAAAAUGGCUCAAUUUAUAUUUAAAAAUUUUGAAAAUGAAAUAUCACCAUUGGACAUCUGGAAAAUGUAUAAAAAAACACUUGCAAAUCAAUGGGUAGUUGAAGAAAUAGAAUCAAGUGAUGAUGGAUUAGAUUGGGAGAAAAAAUUAACAAAUGAUGAACGUGAUUUCUUCUCAAAUGUUUUAGCAUUUUUUGUUGCAUCUUGUGGUAUUAUAAAUAAAAACCUUAAUAGAUUUAUGUCUAAAGUACAAAUUCCAGAAGCGAAAUGUUUCUAUAAUUAUCAAAUUCAUAUUAAAUAUUUACAUUCCGAAACUUAUAGUCUUUUAAUUGAAACUUGUAUUAAGGAUAAAAAUAUUAAAGAUAAACUUUUUAAUGCAAUUGAAACAAUCCCAUGUGUUAAAAAGAAGGCAGAAUGGGCUUUAAAAUGGAUAAAUGAAUCAUUUGAAAAACGUCUAGUAGCACUCGUAGCAUUUGAAAGUAUAUUUUUCAGUGGAAGUUUUCGUAUAAUCAGUUUGUUAAAAAAGAGAUCUUUGAUGCAAGGUUUAACAUUUUCAAAUGAAUUGAUUAAUUAA